CUCCACUGUCCGUGCUGAUUGGACAGGGCUUGGCCACAAACGGUGACUUCACAAAAAAACAGAAGGCGACCCCAAAGAUAAAAAACAAGCCACGCUCAUCGAUGUGGCAGUGUCCUCCGUCCCUUCCACCUGUCAGUAGUCACCUCGCCCGCGCGCCUAUCAGAAAGCUACCGCGAGCGCUCCUUCACGAGUAACGGCACUUCAAAGUUGACCCGGGAACCUUUCCGUUCCGGCGUUAAGAUGCCCAGAGGAUUUUUAGUGAAGAGGAGUAAACGCGGCUCAGCGGCUUCUUACAGAACUCGUAAUGACAACGAACUGCUAAAAGUGGACAUGCCUGUGCAUACACCGGAGGAGCGAACUGGGGUGCCAAAUGCGUGCCCAAUUGUGCCGUUAUCCGAGGAUGGUACAUUUGGAGAGCCAUGGACCAGCGACCCGGCUGAAGCGGAUCAGGUUCAGCUGCCGGAGAGCGCAGGCAAGGUGGAGAUCAGGGAGGACUUUGGGAAAUACCCCCUACACUAUCCCCUCACUGAACCGGACCAUGAUGGGUCUCCUGGCCGGGCUGACCUCUCCUAUAGCCCGAUAAAACCCGUUGGCACCGAGUUGGAAAAAUCUUUCUUCGACCGGUGUAUGAGUUCACCAACCGUGACAGAGACGUUCGCGAUGAGCACGCCCGUGUCCUCAAUAGAGAGACUUCUACAAAAUCACGCGCCCUUUGGACACUCUGAUAUGAAAUUCGACCCACCUGUGCACCUCUACCCAUCUCUCCAUCAUGCUAUGAAACGCACGUACAUGGAGCCGGAGCGAAAGACCAAGCCAACAUCCAAAAAGCCUAAAGUGAUCAGGAAGCUCAGUUUAGAGGAUGAAAUCUCCACCUCACCAGUGCUUGGGCUGAGAAUUAAGAAGGAGACCCCUGAAUUUAAAGCAGCAACAGCAUCUUCUGGUAAUAAGAAACCGUUGGGAGAAUUCAUCUGCCAGCUCUGCAAAGAGGAAUAUCCUGACCCUUUCUCCCUCGCGCAACACAAGUGCUCCAGGAUUGUGCGCAUAGAGUACCGCUGUCCCGAGUGCGACAAAGUUUUCAGCUGUCCUGCCAACCUAGCCUCUCAUCGCAGGUGGCAUAAGCCUCGUCCGGUUACCAACGGAGAGGCACAGAGCGCAAAAAAGUCACAACCAGAGGCACAGUUGCACGAGAGGACAUCCGUGGAAGGGAAAGAGAAUGCGAGCGAGUUGAGAGUUAACAAUCAGCACCACGUCUCUCCGGACAGCUCCAUUUGUCAGCGGUCCAUCACGGUGGACAGCUCCCACAGACAAGAGCAGGUACUCAGAAGGGCACAGGAGAGCCCGCCGCCCUUCGAUCCGCGCUACCGGGUCACAGAGAAAAGCAUUGACCUGCACAUCAGAGCGGGUGACAGCUCAAGCACAAUGCAUUGUCCGGAGACUGACGUUGCCUCUCCCUUCUUACAGAACUCCGGGACAGUUGAGGAGAUUUACGAAUGUCGCUAUUGCAGCAAGAAGUUCCGAAGACAAGCGUAUCUGAGGAAACAUCUUGCAGCGCACGAGACAAUCAAAGUCUCGCCAUAUAACCAGAUAGAGAGUGGGCAAAUCACGUUUCCCUGUCACUUGUGUGGUGCCCAUUUCCCAUCCGCUGAAAUUCGGGACAAGCACAGAGUUUGGCACGCAAUGAGAGACGACAUUCUAAUGAAUCCAGGGAAGAUUGCGGGUAGACCAGAAUUAAUAAGACCAGACCUCACACAGGGAGAUCAACAGAUAUUCACCUGUAAGCACUGCCCCUCUACCUUCUUCAGUUCUCCUGGGCUCACGAGGCAUAUCAACAAGUCUCACCCUACAGAGAACCGGCAGGUGAUGCUGCUACAGAUGGCAGUCCGGCCCGGCUGCUAGUAGCCUCGUCUACUGUAACACUGUAACCCAUGAGCAACAAGUGGAUUCAUUCAUUACUACAUAUGAAAGUAUGAAUGCAUUUUCUUUGUACUACAUGUGAUUGUAUUGUAACUUAUUAUACUACCAGAUCAGGUCAAAAACAUUAGCCUAUUUUCAUCACAAGAUAGUAUUUUUUUGUUUUUUGCAAUGACAGAUGAGCCUGCCUUUCCCAAAUUAUGUGCUGCCCAAACACCCACACCUGUUCUGUUUUUAUUCCUUUAAUGUCCUUGUUUUUUGAGGUGGGAGUUGAGCAGGGUCUGUGUUGUGUUUACCUCUGAAUCAGAAGACUGACUAUACCGGCACACUUUACAGUGACAAAACAAGGGUUAUGACACAUUUUUUCAUCUAGGACCACAUUUUAACGCUUGCUUUUGGCCUAUAUUCACGAAUGUACAUUAUUGAUUGAUUUACAGUGUAAUGAUUGUUGAAACAUUUUAACAGUGAAAAUGGGUAUAUAAAAUGUUUUAAAUAGUCAAGAGCUGUAAUUAUAAGCAUGUAAUGAAAAUAAGAGGUUGAUCCUGUGAAUGGGCCAUCUGAAGAGUACCAGACCUCACCACCUUUAUGUUAAUGUAGUUCCUAUGGAAAUUGAAUGUGCUUGUUCAGUAUAGUUGUGGAAUUGAUUUAUAAACCAGCAAGGCUAUUAAGAUGUAUUUUCCUACAGAAAAUCAAGCUUACCUGUUAGAGUAUAAAACUGUUUUAGUGAGUUUAAAAGUGUAUUUAUUCUAUAAAAUGUAAUUGCUCAAUAAAUUCCUUCAUGGCGACGAUGGUUAUAA